AUGUCAGCAGGAUCCGCCACUACAGUUAAUAAUCCACCACAGCAACAGCCUACCAGCAACAGCAAGCUUCAGGUCGAAGACUUAGAAAAUUAUGGUUACAAAUCAGCAUUUAAAACUUGGAGGAAUCUGAAACCACCUGUUAAACUAGAAGAGCGUAUACUAUCUUUUCUUUCUUUCUAUCCACCCAAUAAAUCCAAAAAUUCGUUUAAAAAGGCACAGAUUUUAGAUGUGCCAAUAGAUGAAAAUUUCAACCAAUUGACUGGUAAGCAAGGCAAAAACAAUUAUAUUCAUGAAUUUUAUAUUGAGAACACUUUGCCUCGGAUACAGUCCGACAAAGCAGAAAUGAACGGAGAAGACGUUGUAAUGGUUCAUGGGUAUGGUGCUGCUUUAGGUUUGUUUCUUUUUAAUUUUGAACAACUAAGUAAUUUGCCCGGUAUCAAACUGCACGCUUUGGACUUACUGGGUUUUGGUUUAUCUUCAAGACCACCCUUUCCUAAAAAGGAGAAUUCUAGAAGUUGGUACACAUUUUGGAAUUCGGGCAAAGGCAAAGGCAAAGAGGAUUCUUUACAACAAGGCUCUAUCUUACCUACUAUGAAGGAUGUGGAUAAUGCAGAAUCCUUUUUUAUUGAUAGUCUAGAAGCAUGGAGAAGGGAAAGAAAUGUCAAUAAAUUUAUUUUGGUUGGUCAUUCACUUGGUGGUUAUUUAAGUUGUUGUUAUGCUCUAAAAUAUCCGCAACAUGUUUCAAAAUUAGUUUUAAUAAGUCCUGUUGGCGUAGAAACCUCUAUGUUUGAUUUAACCAGAAAUGACAAUAAUAAUAAUAGUAAUAGUAAGACUGUUAAGAUAUUAGGUCCUGAUGUUAAGCAAGAGAUUGAUAUUGAUACUGAUAAGCCAGCUAAUACUGACAAAAUAGCUCAAGGAGGUGAGAACACCAGGGCGUCAUCUUCAUUCCAUGUUCCCGAUUCUAAUGGCCAUGUGGAAAAAAUACCCAAUGUUCCCAAAGUCUUGGAUUUUAUUUGGAAACAGGAAAUAUCGCCAUUCACACUAUUAAGAUGUAUGGGUCCAAUAGGUCCCCUAGUUUCGGGCAGAUGGUCAUUUCGUAGAUUUGACCAUUUAGGUGACCCAGAUAAAGUUAUGGCUAUGCAUGAGUAUACAUAUGGCACUUUUAGGUUAAAUGGGAGUGGUGAAUAUGCUUUAACUAGAUUAUUGGGGCCCGGUGCAUUAGCUUAUCACCCUCUAUUAAGCAGGGUGCCAGGAAAAAUACAAUGUCCAUCAUUGUGGAUAUAUGGUGAUCAUGAUUGGAUGAGUAAAGAAGCUGGUGAAAUUAUAGUAAAUAAAAUCAAUGCAAGUCCUCAAAAUAGUGAUAGUGAUAAUACUAGAGCUGAGUUUAAAAUUGUUAAAAACGCAGGUCAUCACGUUUAUUUGGAUAAUCCAACAGAUUUUGAUAGUUUAUUAUCUACAUUUUUAGGGUAUUGA